AUGACUUCCUUUAACAUUGAUUACCAAAGAGAUCUUAUUCAACAAGCCGCUAAUUAUUUGACCACUGCAGUAGCAUCCCAUGCCACAAAUUUUCUCGAGUCCUUUGAAUAUCCAAGAACAUUAAUCAUAUGUGGAUCUGGUCUUGGUGGUAUCUCCAAUAGAUUGUCCACUUUAUCACCUCCUCCUCUUAUUAUCCCAUAUUCAGAGAUCCCUAGGGUUAAAAAAAGUACCGUACCUGGUCAUUCAGGUACUUUAAUCUUUGGUAAAAUGAAUGGAUCCCCCGUUGUGUUAAUGAAUGGUAGACUACAUACAUACGAGGGUAAUUCUAUAUGGGAGACUGUUUUUCCCAUCAGAGCAUUACACAGCAUGCCCAAGAAUGCGAUAAAGAACUUAAUCGUAACAAAUGCUGCUGGUGGAUUGAACCCUGAAUUCAAAGCUUGUGAUUUAAUGUGUAUUUACGAUCAUAUUAAUUUACCUGGGUUAUCUGGAUUACAUCCUUUAAAGGGUCCAAAUUUUGAUGAAGAAGGUCCCAGAUUUUUACCCUUAAGCGAUGCUUAUGAUUUAGAAUUAAGGAAAUUAUUAUUUGGGAAGUUCAAAGAGUUAGGGAUUAAUGAAAGAAGGAAACUGUUCGAAGGGACCUAUACUUUUGUAUCUGGCCCCACUUUCGAGACGAGAGCAGAAUCUCGAUUUAUUAGAUCUAUGGGUGGUGAUGCUGUCGGGAUGAGUACUGUUCCUGAAGUUAUCGUUGCAAGACACUGUGGAUGGAAAGUUUUAGCAUUAAGCUUAAUAACUAAUGAAAGUGUCCUGGACCAUCCGGCAAGUGCCUUAGAUGAAAACCCUGUGCCUCUUGAUGCAGGCAUUGCAUCACAUAAGGAAGUAUUAGAAAAUGGUAAGGCAGCUUCAAGUGACGUGGAAAUAUUGAUCGAAGCUAUAGUUGGAGAAUUAUGA